GACCAAAUUGAGGCCCUGUCGCGCCCCCUCACGUUGACUGAAGUGGAAGAUGCCAUCCGAGACCUGCCUGGCGGCAAGUCCCCUGAAGCGGAUGGGCUCUCCAAUCUAUACUAUAAAAAAUACGCCUCGACAUUAGCUCCACACUUGUUGGAAACCUUUCACCAGGCGAUGGAGAGGGGAACACUGCCGACAGAAAUGCUACUAGCCACUAUAGUGACCCUGCCAAAGCCAGCUAAACCGACUGACAGCUACAAAAAUUAA